AUGGUGCAGUGUCAUCCGCCGCUGGAAAUAGAAGAAUUACCAAAAGAAGACGAAGAAAGACUAGAGAAGCUAUUUUCUAAAUUAGACACAGAUGGAAAUGGCAAAAUCGACAUUCAUGAUUUAUCUGUUGCCCUCAAGGAGUUGGCCCCGCACAUUAAUCGCAGCUAUGCAGAGAAGUUUCUCGCAAAGACUGGAAAGGAUCCCGGUGAUGUUACUCUCUCAGAAUUUAUUCAUUACGUACGGGAACAUGAGAAGAAUCUUAGGCUGCAGUUCUCCCAUCUUGAUAAAAAUAAGGAUGGAAAGGUUGACUUGGAAGAACUUAUAUCUGCAUUUGCAGAUCUGGGGAUUGCAAUUGGGAGAAAUGAAGCAACGAAUCUGUUGAAAAGAAAAACCGGUUGGCCAAAAUAUUGGUGGAUGGACCAAGACGGCAGCCUCAACAUCAGCUACGAUGAGUGGCGGGAUUACCUCUUGCUUGCUCCGGCUACAGACAUACAUGCCCUCAUACACUUCUGGAGGCAUUCCACGGCGGGCGCGGCUGUAGGCGGCAUCUGUUUGCCUCCAAACGACCGCUACGUCAUCAUGUCGCAAAGAAUCGCGAACAGAUUGUAUAAACAGAGUGCCUAA